AUGAAAGUCACAACGCAUACAAUUAGGACUCUACUUAUUCUUGUGGCCUCUAUCGCCUUACCAACCACCUUGGCCAAACGGCGGCUAAUAUCUGCCGACACGAAGAAUGAGCAACGCGCACUGCUUGGCGUACGUCAGCAACCUAUCGUCUACCCGCAGCCACAAUGUAUUUGUGCACCCGGGCCACCGGGUCCAGCAGGACCGCCAGGGCAGCCGGGAUUGCAGGGUAAUCGUGGGGACAAGGGAGACGAUGGCUUUCAAGGUGCUGUGGGGCCGAUUGGACCAACCGGACAGCGUGGGUUGCCCGGUAGACCCGGUAUUCCUGGACCAAUAGGACCACCGGGGCGACGUGGCAGACGUGGUUUCCCUGGUGAGCGCGGACCAACAGGGCCACCAGGUCCAACGGGACCAACAGGUCCAACCGGGCCAGCUGCAUCAACAGCUCGUUCGUUGGAUGGGCGUGCGGGUGAGGGACUAGUAGCUUUGCCGGACUAUGAUGUACAUAUUGGUGACGAAGACGAAGACGACGAUGAUGAGGAAGAUGAGUUUUUUGAACAGCGAAAAUGA